AUGAAACUUCAGACUCAAAGAUACAACUCUGCUGUCUCGAAAGAAGUUACAAAGAACGUUCGCAAGUUUACAACCGUGACCUUCAACUCUAUAUAUGGCUUAGUGCACGAGAAGGAGCUCAUGAAGAAGGAAUCAUUUGAGUUAUCUCUAGCAAGGAUAGAGAAGGAACGAUCUCGCCUCUGUAUUCCUGAUUCCUUGAGCAUGAACAAUGAGAAGUAUAAACAUGUUGUCCGUGCUUUCCUCUCCUCUGUGGCAGCAACAGAGUUUGUUAGUGAUGAAAACGAUGAAACGUUAUGGUUUUUGACUCACAAACAGUUCCGUAUCCUGACAGGGAACAUUGAUUUCACUGAUGUGCAUGUGCAUGCCGUCCCUGCCAGAGGUGGUCGCGUCCUGUCUCUCACCGUAUGCCAGCGUUUACAGAAACUUGGACGAACAUUGCUCAUUUCUGACGAUGACAAACUGAUCGAACGUGCAAGAAAUCACAAAAUUGUUUGCAAGACUUUCAGCGACCUUGGACAAGAAGAUCUGGCAGCUGAAGGAAACGGUUUCCUUUGCCUUGUUAUAUAUGAAGGUGGAGAACAUUGCUCAUCUCAGGUUCCACACCUUCCCCAGCUGUUGGCCGCUGCACAAAGGCGCUGGGUUUUCCAUAGACACAAAGAAAACCUAACAAAACUUCCUGACGAGAUGGUAGACACAAGGGGCCUGUAUCAGAGGAGGACUCCCUGCAUGCAGAUUGAGAAAAGUCUGCCGGAUAUUGAAGCCGUGCUUUUGCAAGAAGGAUCGCUUGAAGUUGAAUAUGUGCAACAAACGUACCAUGAUGUGACCCUUUCAAAGACAAUGUUGAAUAUUGGGUGUCACAAGGAAGAAGAUGUACAGCAACGCAAACGUUUAUCUUUGAUAACAAGGCCUGAUUAUGAAGUGAAAAGGAAACGACAGGUAGAACAAGUGGUACUGUUGACGACAGCAGGAGGGACGUUCUGAGAGUGUUAUGUAUUGGGAUGAAGCAGUUGGAAGAGUAAUAUAGGUAUAGGAAAGAAGAGCUGCGACUUGAACAGGAUCGUAAACUCAAACGAGAAAAGGUUGAACAUGGCGACACAAGUUACUUGCAGAAUUUUAGUGGAUGGCUUGCUAGUAAGCUUCCAUGGUAGCUUAACAUAACAGCCAACAAAGGUUAAGUGAAAGAGUAUAGUUUCACUGAUUUUACAUGAUUCGUGCAUCACUGUUCAUUCGUUCAUCACUGUUUUGUUUUACUUUAACACCCACAGACACACAUUGAAACUGUGAGGCAGACAAUUCAGUUCGGUGAGUGUCAUAAGUUGUUUGACGGAGACAACAACUUUUAAGUUCCCAGGAAAUGUGUUAAUUUAGAAAAGAGGAAGACAUUUCUAACUUUAACAACAUC